CGUACUUCCUCUCUGUGACGUCAAAGGGCACGGUUAGCCUAGCACGUCCGCUCCUUUUGUUAGCAUGUGGACGCUAACACGUUUAUUUAGAACUUACCUUGCCUUGUAAACUCCACUUUGAAAAUCCACAUUGUCGACCGCAACAUGAGUACAUUAUGGAUGGGAAAUCUGGAUUCUUAUAUGGACGAGAAGUUCAUCACCAGAGCCUUUUCUACCAUGGGUGAGCAGGCAGUCAGUGUUCGGAUCAUACGCAGCAAGGUUCCAGGUGCGCCACCGUCCAGCAGUGCCUUGGGUUAUUGUUUUGUGGAAAUGGCGGAUGAGGCCACGGCUGAGAGGUGUCUUCGUAAAAUCAAUGGGAAAUCCCUCCCCGGAGCCAGUCCACCUACAAGAUUCAAGUUAAACCGAGCUACCUUUGGGAAACAAGAAACCGGUCAGAUGUACUCCUUAUUUGUGGGAGAUCUCACUCCAGAGGUAGACGAUGGGAUGCUGUACGAGUUCUUCUACAAUCGAUUCCCUUCAUGCCGGGGAGGAAAAGUAGUACUGGACGGCAUGGGAAACUCCAAGGGUUGCGGCUUUGUUCAGUUUCCUGACGAGCGCUUGCAGAAGCGAGCGCUGGACGAGUGUCAAGGAGCUGUGGGACUGGGGAGUAAACCCCUGCGACUAAGCAUAGCAGCUAGCAAUUUAAGGCACAGACCGCUACAGCCUGAACCCAAAACCUGGCCGACAAACGCUGCCUACACGCCCCCCUACGACCAGUACAGCCAAUACCACCAGCAGCAGGCGUAUCCUAACUAUUACUCCUCCUGGGGAUACGAUCAAACUGCAGCCACGUACGGCUAUACGUAUCCACAGUAUGAUUACUCACAGUAUGCCCAAUCACAGGAAGUCGAUGUUCAGGAUGAUGGACUCGAAGAUCCAUCGGCAGAGUUGGAUGUGGUGGAAACAAACAAGAGGUUCAUCCAGAACAGCGAAGAACUGUACGAUGCUCUAAUUGACUCUAAGUGGAAAUCGCCAGAGUUCUCAUCAGAGCAGGACCAAGUGAUGUUAACCAUACCAGAUCCACUUUGCUACUAAGCCUGGAUGCAGUUGCUUCGCUUUAUUUGCAGCCGUCUGCUGUGGCUUUGACAGUACAGUAAAUAUCCUCUAGUACAGACUCGUAUUUGCGCUUUCCAAUCUGUUCUUAUAACAAAAUUUCCUUAUUUGGGAAAUGACCAUGGUACAUCAGGGUUUGUACGGGUCCGUAAAGCUCAUAAAAAUUCAUAAAAAAGAAGUUUUAAAAUGAUGUUCUUAAUUGUCAUAAAAUUUCAGGGAAAGCUUCUAAAAUCCAUAAAAAUGAACCUGUGGUGUUCACUUGUGUAUGUCAUUUUCCCUACCCUUUCAUUUCAUAGUUUUCUUGCUGGUACCCGCUCUGCUUUUCCCGCCGUCACCGAUUAGUUCAGACAAUGAUCACGUGAUCACUUCGGGUCAUUUCGGGUAACAACAAUAGAUCGACGCUAUGUCGGGGUAGUGAAUGGAGGGUUUGUUUGGUGGCUCUGCAAACAAUGACCGUAUUUUCUGGAAAAAUAUUCAUCGAAGUUAUCGAUCUCAACAAGUGACAAAUAUGUUGCGACGCCACUCAAGCGAGCGCGCCUCAGCAGUCGAUAGUCCGCUGCUCUCUGCUGUGUGUGCGUCAGCUAAGCUUAGCUGUUGUCUCGGCUAGGCUAUCUUACUGUUGUCGUAGAUCGAAGCGUCUUUGAGCUGAUUGGUUGAAACCAAAAGACGUGCGCGAGAGUACAUGUUAGUGCGGACGCACACAGCAGAAAGCAGCGGACUUUCAACUGUUGAGGCGAGCUUCGCUCGAGUGGCAUCGCUACAAAUAUUCCGGGACAAUGCUAUUUUCAAGUGGCGUGGCUGGACAAGCCGGAGUUCCAUGAUUGGGUUGGUAAAAUUGCUGGCGAUAAUACGUCGACCUUCUGCCGAGUGUGCAAGAAGGGCAUCUCCGUGAGAGGUAAAACUUGUCAUAGCCUCCUGGGCAAAUCAAAUGCAUUGAGGCACACAGCAAAACAGAAGAAAAUUGAUCUCCAAGAACUUGCAAAAGAGAUUGAGGAGAAAACUAAGUCACUCUCUGCGAUUCCCUAAUUGUCAUAUCAGUUUCAUAUUUGUCAUUCUAAAACAUGUCUGAUCGUUGAAGGUGGUAUGAGGGAAAAUAAUAGGGUAGUACCAUUUGGGAUUUAGAUUCCUGACAUGCAAAACGCAUGCCAAUCAAAAGUCGCUUACACGCCGUCGUUUCGGAACUGAUGAUAGAAAACUGCGAAGUGAACACGUGUCUUACGUCUUGUCUUCCGUUGCAUCUGGUGAGCGCUGCGUGUAAUCAAGCUCCCGCGGCCUCCCGUCUCCAUUCGGGUUACGUAUAGUGGAACUUCUGCAUAAGUAAGUUCCGGUAAAAUAAAAUAAAAUACAAUACAAUACAAAACAUGCUGAUUUAUAUAGCGCUUUCACAACAGCAGCAGCUCUAACAAAGCGCUUUACAAAACUGUUAACAUCAAGUAAAAUGUAAUAUUGUAGUCAAAAUGUUAAUGCAUAGGUUUUUAUUCCGGGUGAAGGAAAUUCCGGAUAUGGGAAUAUUUACUUCAUGGAGUUCUCUGAAAAAAAAGGAAAAUAUUUUGUGGUACUUAUGUGUUUAAGCGAAACUAGGCAGGUAGGCCAUUUUUUUAGGACAAAUAAAAUACUUUCUAAUUCUUUGUUAGUGUUAAAUUUGCAUUCUGCUUUUUUGCCACUAAAUAGAGGCUUGAUGUUAAAAUACAAAAUUGAAAUAUGUACAGUAUUUCUGUUGCAUGUUUUUUUUUAAUGUGGGGUUAUUUCCUUUGUGGUCAUUAAAUCUCAAAUCAGGA